UUGGCAUCGAUACUUUAGAACUGAGUUACAAGUAGUAUCGUGAAGUAAGUACUUGUAUCGGUACUCGAUCGGUUUCUCACUGAGAAGUAUAAAAAAAAACUCAUAGGCAGAUUAAUUAGCCUAUGAUGAAGUGUCUAGUUGGAAUUUUUGUUUCGCGAACGUUUCUUUUCUACUGCUCGGUUGGCAGCCUUGCGUAUGAUUUAUCCAAAUCCAAUAUUUAUUCAGUCAGUCAUACGUUCAUCGCGUGGCGUGAGCCGUUAUUUUGUUUUCAUUAAAUUAAAACUGUGAUUAAAUUUGUAAUUGUAAUAUCCAUCGUCAAAAUUUGUCGAUACAACGCUUGUAACACUGAACAUCUCUUGCGCAUGCAUUGAUAUCAGAACCAAGACGACGACGAAAACGCCCAAUUGUGGAGUAUAGAAUACGGCUCCGCCCAUGAAUGGGGCGGGUAUCAGUUACGGACCACAGAACGUCACCAGGCUGUACUCUCCGGUGACACUCAGCUUCGAAUGGCCCACCUUAGGACGUCUGCUGUUCAUGGUCUUCUGUUCAUGUCUCGGGACCACCAUCAACGGAUUCUUUGUUGCCGCAUUCUUCGUAGAACACACUCUAAAACGAGUCGGCAAUGUAUUUCUCGCCUGCAUCGGGUUAUCUGACCUGAUAGUGACUACAGCGGUGAUGCCGGCAUCCGCUGUAGUGUUACUCUCAGCCGGAGAAUGGGACACCCUGCCAGUAUGCCAUGCUCUACAAUUCCUCACUGAGACCGCUAUGUAUUGCUACAGUCUGUUCUUUGUUCUUGUAUCAGCGGAGACAUACUACCGACUGUGUCGUUCUACGCCCGAAUACGAAAUGUUCAUUUCUAUGCGCAUCGGUCUCGUGACCAUAUUCGUAUUUUUAAUAGGUGUUAUCCUGGCCGCUAUUGGAGUGUACCUCGGCUUAGAUUACGACUACUGCGAACGAAGUCACUUCGGCAACUUCUACUACCGCCUAUCCACGUCUGUUAUAUUCCACGGCGUACCCGGCAUCCUCACUUUCCUCGGUCUACUCUUCUCAUAUGUACGCAUUAGGAAACGAGCCCGUGAGCAAGUAUACUAUAAACGGUCCCAACAGUACGAAAGAGAUUUCUCUACGACCAGCUUGAACAUCGCCGCGUAUCUAAUCUACAUCGUAAUGUGGACGCCUUACCUUAUCAUCGUACACAAAUACCCAGGCACUUCGGACUCGAAAUUCUACCACUGCGUGUGGUUAGGCGUUUGCCGAUCCAUAUUCAGUAGUUUUCUGUACAGCUCUAUGAAUAGGAACUUCAGGCGCGCUUUUGCUCAUCUGUUUUACUACUGUUGCUGCAAGAGCACCCUGACGGGCUCAUUCAAUAACCGUCAUCGAAGGGCGCUGGAGUAUAAAACGGCUACAGGUGACGUCAGGGUCCACAUUAUGCAUCAAGCAGUGAACUCGUCCAGCCCACAACGUGGUGCGUGCUCCGCUCGCGAGACCCAAGAGUUAUGAUCUAGGGAGCGUGAAUACGUCCUCUACGUUUAUUAAAGAAAGAUAAAAGUAUUGUGUUUGUAGAAAAUACAACUAUCAGUAGGAAAAAAAAUCUUAAGUUUUGUUCUUUUGAUGUCAGUAGCUUUUUAGGUAUUGUUUGAUAAUGCUUUUCAAACUUUUUGGAUUUUUUGUAUAUAAGCAAAGCCUACAAACGACUACGAACGAAAUCUAUUUCAUGAAUAGUUUAUUCAAGUUUAAAAAAAAUAACAGGUACCCAUCAAUUAUUAUUGAUGUAAUUAAGUACAAGAGCACUUUAUUUUAUUUGUUUUUUCCAAAACACUAUUAUUAUUUUUUAUUAAGAAAACAUAAUUUUAGCAAACACAAUACUACUGAUCUAGCACCUCGGCGUCCCUAAAGGUAAUACGAAUUAUAAGCUCGCAAUAUUAUAUGAUGUUUUAAUAGAAUAAGAAGCAAUUUAAUAAAAAGAAAAAAAUGUUAUUUAAAUAAUACAAUUGCAUGAAUUACAAUAUACCGUUGAAAAAGUUGAGUAUUUUAGGCGAUAAUUGUUUAAAAUAAUUAAAAAAGUAACUCUUUAGAUGAGCACCAAGCUCUUAAAUCAGCAUCUUUAAUUGACGGUAUGAUUUCUUUAAUGCGUGUCGAAUAAUUUCUACGAGACACAUAUUUGUAAGUGAACUCUUUAUAUUAAAUGGGAUAAGGCUAUAUUUAUAUAACCAGGAUUAUUCUAUGUACUGUCUAGUUAAAAAUCUCAAUGUCUACUGCGUAUUAUUAUCUGGAUGUUGUAUUCUCCUUUCACGCUUCUAGUGAGGAUGAUAUAAGUAUAGACUAAGGCCAGGAAGAGAGACAUGUAUAUCUUUUGCUAUUACAAUGUAUUAUAUUCAAAAAAGUGUAACCAUAAUUUUGAAGAUCAAUGUGUCAGUGAUUGACUCUUGUGCUUACAACUAGUCUUUCCCUUAUAUUCAUUUCUGUUUCAUGUAUCACGGAAUGAGAAAAAACAUUCAAUAUUAUAUAGUGGGGGGCUACUCUUAUACUUUAUAUACGAUUUAUUUGUAAGGCCAUCAAUUUUGGAGCCUUAUACUCGAAUCGGCUUCGGUUCUGUUCUUACAGUUCAUCGCACCGCGACACCUGUAUAUGGGCCUAAUCCUAAAGAGUAGUCAACUUAAUUUGUGUUUAAGUGUUUGGGGAAAGAAUUAGUAGGUAUCAAAUUAUUAUUUUAUUUCAGUUAAAUUCUGCUACUAUUUUAGAGAAUACCUUUAUACAAUAAAAGAAAGUUUUAAAGUCAAUGUGAUAUUAGAUAUCUGAUCACCAUUCUUCGUCGGUGAUAAGGGCAACAGAAUAGAGUUUAAUACUUAUAAUGAAAGUGCAAGUCACUGUGGUGGUGUUAAGCUAAGCUAUAUCGAAAUUUUAUAAAAUGAAUAGAUAUUACCUAAAAAGACCUUGAAAUUUUGUUUUCUGUGCAAAGGAAUAUACUUGGUGUUAUAAUUGUAUACAAUCAUCCAAAAAGAUGUUAAUGUUUUAUUGGAGCCUACAUAAAAGUAGCAAUAACGGUGCCUGAUAAAGAUUUAUUAUAAAAUAUAUCGUAUUAUUUUCUUGGCCAAAAGGUGGCGACUAAGAAAAUUCGAGAUCUUCGCAAUUUCCUAGAAUGUCCCUAUACUGUAAUUACACUUAUAAUCUGAAUUUAAAUACCGAUUCAUACCUAUUUGACUAGAGUAAAAAGUUUUGAACUAAUCGAAGUGGUGAAAUUAGUUAAGCCCAAAAUAUUAAUAAAAAUGCUAGGAACACUUUUAAUUUUGAAGGAUUUCCAACUAAACUAGAUUUUAGAGAGCCACAAAUCAAUUACCGCUUCACCAGUAGUUCAAAUUCAGGAAUACAACAAAAUGGUACCCUACGAAGUUACACCGUGGUCUUGAAUGCGACAAUACGUGAAAACAAUUUGAUGAGAAAAAAAACAAAAUUUAAAAAAAAUAACGAUUUCAUAAUUUUACGACAUCAAAGUGAGAUUGUAGUAUGUUAUGACUCGUUGACGUUUUUAACUUUAGUUUUUUAAUGAAUACAAAAUAAUAUUUACCUAUUGAUAUUUUUAUAACGAUAACCUUACUUUGGUACUGGCAUUUUUUAUAAGCCUAUUUUUAUAUUGUGACGAUUUUGUCAGUUUUUUUCGCGUUUCAUAGUGACACGUUGUACAUUUUAUAGGUUAGCGGUGUGUAUAUUUUAACGGGUCGAAGAUGACAUGACACACAUUAAUGACUUUCUAUGUGCAAUAUUAGUUUCGCACAAUUAGAUAGUAAACAUCACUAAAUGUCCUUCUGUCUUAGUGAAAGCAUAUAAUGUAAUAUACGAUAUCAUAGGACUGUGUUUUCAUAUAUGAUCUACUGUUGCAGUUUAUCUACUGUGGCGCAAUUUCACAGUUUCAAUAAAGACAUUAGGAAUUUCCAUAGUGAAUUUUAAGUUAUUGCUUCAUUUAAAUUAUAUCAUUCUAAUAAGUAACCUUCCAAUACUUAUAAUUUACUUAUUUUCAAAUUAAUAAAUUAGAAAAGGUAAAAUAAUUAUGGAGAUAAGAGAUGACUUUCAGUAUUUUUUUUUAUAUUGUUGCCAAAAGUAUAUUUUAGUGCGUUUUAUUAAUCGUUUAAUGAAAAUGUGAAUAAAGUUAAUAAAAUAAUAAACAUUUUUUUAUAUAAGAAUUUCUGAACCGAGUGGAAAUAUAUCUUACUUAAUAUUAAUCAAUUUGUGUUUGUAUUGGUAUGUAUAAAUUACGCCGAUUCAAUUUAAAAUUUGUAUAUUAAAGAGACAAGAUUUUUACUAUAGUAAGUCUCAGACCAAAUAAAAAGUAAAGACGGAGUCUGCCCUACUAAAAAGUGAAGCCGGUUUUUUAUGUAUGUAGUGCAUUUUAGCCAGUGUUACCAUAGUCAUUUAUAAUACCCCAAUAUUAGAAAAAUGUAAUAAAGUUAUUUCAUUGCGUUAUAAAAUAUUGGAAAUAAUAUCGUAGGCUUAUUCUUUAAACUAGUGCAGAUUAGUUUUACAUUAGCGCUAGAUGCAACCUCUCGUGAGUCAAAGGUCCUGCGCUUGGAGAUAUGGGGUUCCUGUGAUUUAGAAGUUUAAUAACUGUUACACUAAUAAAAGUU